AGCAAGCAUUCAUCAUAAGCUUUCUUGUGUUUCAAGCAAAAAAAAAAAAAAAACCAAACAAAUCAUGGCGUCAGGACAACGAGAGGCAGAGAAAGCAGCCAAGGCGGAGAGAGCUGAGGCCGCGGCGAGGCUCGCGGCUGACGACUUGAGAGACGUCAACGAAGGAGGUGUAACGUAUAAGGUGACUGAGAAGACAACAACAACUGAGCAUCCUUCGGCGGUGGUGGAGGAAACUGAAAGACCCGGGAUUAUAGGCUCAGUGAUGAAGGCGGUGCAGGGAACUAAAGAUGCGGUGAUUGGUAAAAGCCACGAUGCUGCAGAGUCGACGAAGGAGGGAUCCGAGGUUGCAUCGGGGAAGGCAGGGGAGGUGAAAGACGCCACCGCAGAAAAGGCCGGAGAGGUUAAAGAUAGGACUGCUAAUAAGACAAAGGAGACAGCAGAUUACACUGCUGAGAAGGCGAAAGAGGCUAAGGACAAGACAGCUGAGAAGGUGGGGGAGUAUAAAGACUACACCGCAGAGAAGGCUAAAGAGGCCAAGGAUAGAACAGCUGAGAAGACAAAGGAAACUGCGGAUUACACCGCAGAUAAAGCAAAGGAAGCAAAAGACAAGACCGCUGAGAAGGUGGGCGAGUAUAAAGACUACACGGCAGAUAAGGCGAGAGAGGCGGCUGAGAAGGUAGGCGAGUAUAAAGACUACACUGCGGAGAAGGCUAAAGAAGCCAAAGAUAAAACAGCUGAGAAGACAAAGGAAACAGCGGGUUACACGGCAGAUAAGGCAAAAGAAGCAAAAGAUAAGACGCCUGAGAAAUUGGGCGAGUAUAAGGACUAUACGGCGGAGAAGGCAACAGAAGGUAAAGAUGCUGGAGUGAGCAAGAUUGGUGAACUGAAGGAUAGUGCUGUGGAUACGGCGAAGAGGGCCAUGGGAUUCUUGUCGGGCAAGACAGAGGAAACAAAACAAAAAACCGUUGAGACUAAAGAAACCGCCAAGGAGAAAAUGAACGAGGCAGGAGAAGAAGCUAGGCGUAAAAUGGAAGAGAUGAGACUUGAGGGUAAAGAACUUGAAGAGGAGGCUUCUAAGAAGACCCAAGAGAGAACCGAAUCAGCCGCUGAUAAAGCUCGUGAGACUAAAGACUCAGUCUCUCAAAGAGGUGAAGAAGGGAGAGGGACGAUAAUGGGUGCAUUAGGGAACAUGACAGGAGCGAUAAAGAGCAAGCUGACAGGUACGACACCCUCUGGUGAUGACGAUCUCUCGGGGAAGACGACUGUGACAGUUGACGUAGUAGAAGACACGAGGCCUGGACAAGUUGCGACGAAGCUGAAAGCAGCGGAUCAGAUGACUGGUCAAACUUUUAACGACGUUGGAGAGAUGGAUGAAGAGGAUAGGAAGGUUAAUGUCACGGUGGGAGAUAAAGGGAAGCUGUAAUAAAGCAAAACAGGAAGAAAAGCUCUGCGGUUUAUACCUUUAUGCUUUGAACUUUGUUUUUCUUUGUGUUCUGGUCAAUGUCUUCAAGUCUUGUCUUGUAAAAUAAUAAACA